AUGACCCAGAAAGCCAGCAUGGAUUCGGACCUCGUCGACUGGAAGGAGGCAUUCCUCUUCUUCUACUGGGACCUCAAGAAGCUCCGAGCGAACCGCACCAAGGAGGGCUACAUUGCGGACCGGCUGAUUGUCGAGUUCUUCCAGCAAACCAAGCCGACCAUGGCUUAUGAGGGUCCAGAUAUGAACUGGAACUGGACCCUCUACCGUCUCAUGAGAGCUCUCCGGGCUCAACACGGAUUCCACACCGCGCCGGAAACCACCACGUUUAGCUACAAUUGGCUUAGCGAUACCGCGGGUCCGAGUCACACGAAGGCCCCGUUCGUCGACUGGGUGCGCCUCGAGACCCAGACCCAUCUGCUUUUCACGUACGCCAACAGCACGAUCGAUCGCUUCCUCGCCCACCUCGUCACCGAGAUCUACGGCCCGCUGCACCAGUGGACAGAAUGGACACUGCACAACCCCUUUCUGGUCGAGUUCCAGAGAGCACACGGCAUCCAGCCCUGGAGCGUACCCCUGCCCCUGCCGGGCGCGAGCGAGGACCUGGACCAGAUCGCGUGGCCGGACGCCCCCGUCCUCGCCAGCGGGCCGGGUCCCGCACACUCUCGGCCCAGACCCGUCCGGUUCAGCAUCUCCGUGGCGUCCAUCAACGGGGAAAGCGACCGCGGCGUCACUUUCGCCACGCUGACGCUCCCCGACACCGACCUGAUGAGCGACCGGCUCUUCAGCCUGGCGAAGCGGUACUACACGGCCAUGCUCCAGUGGGUCAAGGAGAUGCGCGAGACCGACAUGGUGACCUCGCUCUCGAAGCUGCUAGAGGCUCAGUUCCGCGAGUGGGCCGGCACGACGGACGACGAGGGCGAUUCCUUGUCCGUGUCGAGGCACCUCUGGGAGGCUUACAGGGGCGUGGGCUUGGAGCCCAUCAGAACAAAGCCUGUUGCGGCGGAGAAGACUCCGAAACAGUCUAAAGGCCUGUUCGCUAACGGCGGCUACUUCAAAUGA